ACACACUCUGUUUUAUCCUUUUUCGCUUCUCCAUUGUUUGUUCUUCUCACUUACAGAUACCCUUGCUGUUCUUCUACAUUCCCAAUUUUAGCAUUAAUUCGAUUUAUUUAUCUCUUAUUUUAGCCUUAAUUCUUCCAUUUUUGGUGUUUGCAGUUGCAGGAACUGCCAAAGCCAAUCUCACCCCGAUUUUAAUUUUCUUUUUCCGUUAGGAAAACAAUCAACAUGAGAGGGAUAUCUUUCUUUGUGAGAAACUUUGCAAAUCUCCUUUCCUUUCUUCUCCCUUUCCUUGACAAACUCCCUUCGAAAUUGUUGCCUGCGCAAUUUGAGAACAUGAUUUCUUUGGUUUCUCGCACUGGUCGCCAUUUACAGCGUUACAACAAGGGUUGUCGCCAAGUUGUAGGGUGUAUUCCUUACAGAUAUAAGAAAACUGAUCAACCAUCUUCCAUUGAUGAAACUUGCAAUGAAGAUAUAGAAGUUCUUGUCAUCAGUUCACAGAGUGGCGAAGGAAUGUUAUUCCCUAAGGGAGGAUGGGAAGAAGAUGAAACCAUGGAAAAAGCAGCAAGGCGAGAGACUCUAGAAGAAGCAGGAGUGAUUGGUGAUGUUGAAUGUAAAUUGGGGAAAUGGGUAUAUAUGAGCAAAAGGGGUGCCAUAAUGCAUGAGGGUUAUAUGUUUCCUUUGCUUGUUCAUAAGCAAUUAGAUCUCUGGCCUGAAAAGAAAUUCAGAGAAAGAAGAUGGGUGACUGUGAAAGAAGCCAGAGAAGUAUGCCGUAAUUGGUGGAUGAGAGAAGCUUUAGAUGAAUUAGUUCGGCGGCAACAACAAAAGGAAGCUAAUUAAACAACCACCUGUAAUUAGAACAUCGUUUUGUUAUUAACCAAGAACAGGUUAUAGAGCGAGUGUAUAAAUCUUGAUUCUUUCAUUCAUUCAAGUAAAUUUUGUUCCUUGAUUUGCAA